CAUUCAACUGUCUUACCGUCAAAGCUCUGGCAUUUAUUUAACAAGAAAACGUCGACGUGUGCUUUGUUUGAUUCGGUUGCAAUUGUUUCACCGCCAAUACGUUCACUUGUUUAACAGUACAACAUCGAUACGCCUUCUGUUCCGAUUCAAUUGUUUGACAAAAGAACGUCCCUUACUUUUUUAAGUUCUAUGUCGAUGUUUGAGUAAUCGAUAUGUAUUGCGUUGGUUCGUUUUGAUUGUGCAUUUUCGAAAAUGGCGUUAGAACUCGGUGCUCCCAUGCCAUUGGACUAUAGCAGUGGGACUAGAGACAAUGCUGGUAGUCCUGAAGUGAAUGUGUCAGACGCCAGUCCGCCGAGCAGUAGUGCUUUUACGGUUGUUACGCCGAAAGGCAGAGACGCUUCUGAAAGGGCCACCUCUCCACUCCACCAAUUUCUAUCGCCAACUAGCUUCUCCAACUAUUGCAGAAACCUUUGGGGAGCACCGAUCACACCUACUGGUCCAAGGUAUAUGGUGCCUAUACCUGAGUAUAGUGAAAAAGAUAAAUCAAAUGCAUCACUGAGAGGGUGUUGAAAUCAAAAUGUCGCUCACACUGUUAUUGGGAUCUCAUAAUUACUAACAGAAAAAAAUGUACUGAAUUGUGCCAAACAACAUCAAAAUUGGACAGUUGCUGACUGGAAGAAGGUCCUGUGGAGGGAUGAAUGGAAAUUUGAAGUUUGUUGUCCGCCGUCCGCCUAACGAGAGGCCAUUAGAAUCAUGCACCGUUGAUUAUAAAUA